AUGAGCUGGAGCUUCCUCACGCGGCUGCUGGAGGAGAUCCACAACCACUCCACCUUCGUGGGGAAGCUGUGGCUCACCGUGCUCAUCGUCUUCCGCAUCGUUCUCACCGCCGUCGGGGGAGAGUCCAUCUACUACGACGAACAGAGCAAGUUUGUCUGCAACUCGGGCCAGCCGGGCUGCGAGAAUGUCUGCUACGACGCCUUUGCCCCUCUGUCCCAUGUCCGCUUCUGGGUCUUCCAGAUCAUUCUAGUGGCAAUGCCUUCUCUCAUGUAUAUGGGCUACGCCGUCAACAAGAUUGCACGAUUAGAUGAAUCCAAAGGAGGAAGUGGAGCUGCCGCGGUUAGAACAGGAGGAGGAGGAGGCUACACGCAUAGAAAACCCAGGAAAAUCUGCUUCGGAGCAAGACAGCAUCGAGGCAUUGAGGAGACUGAGGAGGACCAGGAGGAUGAUCCGAUGAUCUACGAGGUGCCAGAGAUCGAGCCUCCUAAAAGGCCAAGGGAUCCUCUGCAGCCGACACCCAGACCCAAAAUCCGCCACGAUGGACGUAAGCGUAUCCAGGAUGAAGGGCUGAUGCGGGUUUAUGUUCUACAGCUGGUGACCCGUACUAUAUUAGAAGCAGGAUUUCUUGCCGGCCAGUAUUUGCUGUACGGUUUCCGUGUGACACCGGUGUUUGUGUGCUCGGGGAAACCUUGUCCCCACAGCGUUGACUGCUUUGUGUCUCGGCCAACUGAGAAAACCAUCUUCCUGCGCAUCAUGUACGGUGUCACCGUCCUUUGCCUCACGCUAAACAUUUGGGAGAUGCUCCAUUUGGGCAUCGGCUCCAUCUGUGACAUUCUUCGGCGCCGCCGCUGCCCACCUCAGGAGGACGAGUACCAGUUGGGCUUGCUGGGCAACAAUGGGGGUGUGGAGGGCUCCGUAGGGGGUACAGGGCCGGAGGCCGGCUCUGAGGGAGGAGUUGGUGGAGAUGGCGCCGCCGAUUAUGUCGGCUAUCCCUUCUCGUGGAACACUCCGUCAGCUCCGCCCGGCUACAACAUCGUGGUGAAACCGGAGCAGAUGCCCUACACCGACCUCAGCAAUGCCAAGAUGGCAUGCAAGCAGAACCGGGCGAACAUCGCCCAGGAGGAGCAGCAGCAGUUUGGCAGCAACGAGGACAAUUUCCCCACCGGAGGGGAGGCCCGAGUGGCUCUGAACAAAGACAUGAUCCAGCAGGCUCACGAACAGCUGGAGGCGGCCAUCCAGGCCUACAGUCAGCAGCACCGGGCCGAGGAGCAGCUCGGGGACAACCAGGACGACAAGCCCCAAAGUAACAUUAUCCAGGCCCAACCGCAGCCUCAGCCGCAGCCUCAGAAGGAGCGCAAGCAUAGAUUCAAGCAUGGCAAAGGAGGCAGCAGCGGAGGAGGCAGCAGCAGCAACAGCAGCAGCAGCAAAUCAGGAGAGGGGAAGCCCUCUGUAUGGAUUUAA